ACCACAAUUCAAAACAUCAGCUACUGAGGCAAGUGCCACGCCAUUCCCCGUAUUAUAUUUGUGUGUGCAACGAAGAAGGUGCCCGAAUCGUCUGUGAAAAUGAACUGAACAAGCAAUAGAUUGAGAGCCAAGCUAAGAUCACAUUUUCUUCUGGGUGGUACGAAUGCGACAUUUUCUUUUCUGUACAACAAAAAGGGGUGUCUGCGAGUUGUGUGAUUCUAGUCAUUUUACGAAGGCGCAGUGUGAGCGCAGAAACAACCGAUAGACCGGUGAACUGAUGACUGCCAGUAUGGAGAAUGUUUCCAAACUCCGAAUGAAUCUCGAGAAGCAGGAGAGCCUGGUGAAGCUGGGAAUACUCACCACGGCAGCUAUCCUCUCAUUCUCGACGCGUUUAUUUUCGGUGCUGCGCUUCGAAAGUGUUAUCCAUGAGUUCGAUCCGUAUUUUAAUUACCGAACGACUAAGUUCCUGGCCGAACAAGGGUUCUAUAAUUUCCACAACUGGUUUGAUGACCGGGCGUGGUACCCGCUGGGUCGCAUCAUUGGUGGUACCAUUUAUCCUGGUUUAAUGGUCACUUCCGCCACUCUGUAUCGGAUAAUGUGGCUGUUGAAUAUAACGGUGGACAUACGGAAUGUUUGCGUAUUUCUUGCACCGUUCUUUUCGUCCCUUACCACUAUUGUCACUUAUCUUUUGACGAAAGAGAUUCACAGUACCGGGGCAGGAUUGGUUGCGGCAGCGAUGAUUUCUAUCGUUCCCGGUUAUAUCUCACGGUCGGUGGCCGGAUCAUACGACAAUGAAGGUAUUGCAAUUUUCUGCAUGCUUCUGACGUAUUACAUGUGGAUUAAAGCAGUUAAAACGGGUGCUAUCUUCUGGGCGACAAUGGCUGCGCUAGCAUACUUCUAUAUGGUUUCCUCAUGGGGAGGCUAUGUUUUCCUGAUCAAUCUGAUCCCACUGCACGUGCUCGCCCUCAUGGCCACCGGUCGCUUUACCCAUCGUGUGUAUAUUGCUUACAGCACCCUUUACACCAUCGGUACAAUUUUGUCGAUGCAGAUCUCAUUCGUCGGAUUCCAACCCGUCCAAAGUUCGGAACAUAUGCUUGCCUUCGGCGUGUUUGGCCUUUGCCAACUGCACGCCUUUGUCGAUUACGUCCGCUCUCGUGUGUCGAACGAACACUUUGAGAUACUGUUCAACGCACUUGUCGUAACGAUUGCCACGACUACCGUCCUGUUGGGGUUGAUUCUAACGUUCACUGGGAAAAUUUCACCCUGGACGGGACGAUUCUACUCACUAUUGGAUCCAUCGUACGCGAAAAACCACAUUCCAAUCAUUGCAUCCGUUUCGGAACAUCAGCCCACGUCGUGGUCCUCGUUCUAUUUCGAUUUGCAAAUCCUGGUGUUUCUGUUUCCCGCCGGUUUGUAUUUCUGCUUCUCGAAGCUUUCCGAUGCUAACAUUUUCAUUAUUUUGUACGGAGUUACGUCAAUUUAUUUUGCGGGCGUCAUGGUUCGGUUAAUGUUAGUCCUCGCUCCGGUUAUGUGUGUUCUCUCCGGGAUAGCCAUCUCCCAUCUGCUGACGAAAUAUAUUCGCAACGUGGACACGAGUGGGCUCGGUUCGGGUGGCUCGAAAGGGGUCGAGUCGAAGAAGGCCAAAAAGUUCGAGCAGCAGUCGCCGAUGAAGAGCGAAAUUGCGAUCGCUUUCAUCAUAGUGAUUUCGCUGUUGCUGGUCACAUACACGUUCCAUUGCACCUGGGUUACCUCGGAGGCGUACAGUUCGCCCAGCAUCGUGCUCAGUGCACGGUCCCACGACGGAGGACGCAUUAUAUUUGAUGAUUUCCGCGAGGCUUAUUACUGGCUGAAGAUGAAUACACCGGAGGACGCCCGGGUCAUGUCGUGGUGGGAUUAUGGUUAUCAAAUAACAGCGAUGGCCAACCGAACCAUUCUGGUGGAUAAUAACACCUGGAACAAUACGCACAUCUCUCGCGUGGGCCAAGCGAUGGCAUCGACCGAGGAUAAAGCCUAUGAAAUAAUGAAAGAAUUAGACGUGGAUUAUGUGUUGGUGAUAUUCGGUGGUCUCACCGGUUAUUCUUCCGAUGACAUUAAUAAGUUCCUUUGGAUGGUGCGAAUCGGAGGCAGUACCGAUCGGGGAGCUCACAUCAAAGAAACCGACUACUACGCAUCGAGUGGUGAUUUUCGGAUCGACAAAGAAGGUUCGCCAACGCUGCUGAACUGUUUGAUGUACAAAAUGUGCUACUACCGGUUCGGUCAGGUGUACACCGAAGGUGGCAAGGCUCCCGGCUAUGAUCGAGUGCGGGGAGCGGAAAUUGGCAAUAAGGACUUCGAGCUGGAUGUACUCGAGGAAGCGUACACCACGGAACAUUGGUUGGUGCGAAUUUACAAAGUGAAAGACUUGAGCAAUAGGGGCGUGUAAGAUGAUACCAUUCGUCGCAGAACAUUUGAUGUUCUCUUUGAUGGGUGUUUUGUUCACAACGAUUUAUCACCAAAUUGUACGAUUUAUUUGUCAAUCUUUCUUGUCGAAGAAGAGAUUAUAUUCGUUAUUUCGUCACCAAUAAAAUUCGUAAAUAGUGUGAAGCAAACCAAUUUGCCACAAAAACUAACAAAACCGAUAUUUUAGCGCAACAUUUUAUAAAUUGAAUCGACAAACAUUGCGCAUUUAUAAUGCUAAGCAUGAUUUUUUUUUACCCGCAACCAGCAACCCUAGGGAAUAAAAAUAAUACACAA